AGUGCGGCAGCCGGCGGAAGUGGUUCUCCCCGUGGGCAGCGACAACUGCGAGUUCCAGGUAAAAAUGGCAAAAAGCUUACGGAGUAAGUGGAAAAGGAAGAUGCGGGCAGAAAAGAGAAAGAAGAAUGCACCGAAGGAACUUAGUCGCCUAAAAAGCAUACUUAAAAUAGAUGGUGAUGUUUUAAUGGAAGAGGUAAAAGACAUAGCAACUGUGGUAGCACCUGGAAAAAUCAAAGAGAAAACAGGUUCUGUGGGGAAAGAUCAAGAGGGUGAAUCAAAAAUGGAAGUGGAUGUUAAAAGAAACAAAAAGAGUCUUUUAGAUGAACAUGGACAGUACCCAGUGUGGAUGCACCCGAGGCAAAGGAAAAAACUAAAGGCAAAACGGGGAAAAGGGAAAAACAAAGUGAAGGCAGCAAAAGCAGCAAAGGGUCUGGCCUGGUAGAGUCUUAAAGGCCUGGAAAAAUAUCACAUGGACAUGUUUGUUCAGAAUAUGUACUUUGAUUGAAUGAAAAUCAUUUGUUCCCA